CCAUCACACUACCUGCAUACUAAAUACAUACAACGAUUGGUACCAGCACCCACAUUGACACAAAGUAUUACACACUUGGCCUAUUUAUCAUUUUUCUUCAUCUGCGUGUUAAGAACUACUCGCAGGGUGGGCGAUGCAGUGGCACGGCGGGACGGGAUGGCGGAGGCAGAGAUGAGUGGGGUAGGGGCAAUACAACAGCGGGCGGGACGUAAUAUGGAGGGCGGAGCGAAGAGAAGCAGGGCAGAGCGUGAGGAAGAUCAUAAGCCACUGGCGCACCUGGGGGUCGCCGUGCGCCAGCAGCGCGAGCAGCGCCGGCAGCGCGCCGGCGGCGAGCAGGUGCUGCGCGGGGCCGCGCGCGCGGGCGGCGAGGGCCGGUGGCGAGGCGCGCGCGGCCGGGCCACGCGGUCGUCGUCGGCCAACACGCGCAGCGCGCGGCGCACGCCGCCGCCGCCACGGCCGGCCGCGCCGGCGCGCGUUCGCGGCGAGUGGGCGGCGGUCGGCGGCCAGCACGCCAGCAGCCUCGCGACGCACCGCGCGCGCACGCCACCGCCGCGCGCCGCCCCGGCUCCCCGCGCAGCGUCGAAGGCGUCGCACGCGGCAAAUGUUUUCCGCGUUGUAAUUGCUGCAACUUUAGCAAUAGUAUUUUGUUCUCUCAUAAAAUACGUGUGGAUAUGCGAUUAUGCUACUGGGUGUCGCAAACUUUUAUCCAACCAACACACUGGGCAAAAAAUUUCCUCAGAACUGCCUCAUCUAAAGAAAAACACUAAUGUGAUUGGUUUAAUACUUGCACGUGGAGGAAGUAAAGGAAUAAAAAAGAAGAACUUAGCAAAACUUGGCUUUUCAUCUGUUUGGAUUUCCACUGAUGCAGCUGAUAUAGCUGCAGAAGCUGAGAUGCAUGGUGCUCAAGUACACUGGCGCUCUAAAGAAAGUGCAACUGACACAGCUCCAUCAAUUCUGGGUGUACAAGAUUUUUUAUACAAACAUCCAGAAGCAGAUAUCAUCGGACUUGUUCAAUGCACUUCGCCUUUUUUAACCACAACAUUUUUGUCUGAUGGCCUAAAUUUAAUGUUAAAAGGAAAAUAUGACUCAGCGUUUGCUGUGACAAGGAAGCAUGAAUUAAGAUGGAGAGUUAAUGAAGAUGGGACAGCAGCCGCUAUCAAUUUCUCUCCCUACAAAAGACCAAGAAGACAAGACUGGGCAGGCGAAUUAGUAGAAAAUGGCAUGUUUUAUUUUUCUAAUACAAAGUUAAUUAAUGAUGGUCUUCUCCAAGGGAACAAGUUCCGUACCGGCCGUAUACAGGGAGAUAUAUGAUAUGUGUUCAUAUUCAGAUUAUGUGAGCAAAGAAGUUUUCUAUAAGUUAUUACUACAAUCAGAACUACCUACACAUACUUUGAGUUUGAUUUGGGACUUGGCUGUUGAACCAAAGCAGUGUUCGCUAUCCAGACAUAGUUUAUAUAAAGCCUUGGCACUUGUUGCAUGGUGCCAACAGGGUAAAGAACCCAGUGCCAAGCUUUUAGAAAACUUUUCUGGUCAAGAGCUUCCUAAACCACAGUUGGGGGAUUUGGAAGAAGUGAAACAAUUCAUGCUACAAUUGAAACAUAAUUUGAGCCCCUCACAGCUUAGUCUUCGAUAUUCAGAAAUAUGCCUGUUAGAUACCAUAGAAGUGGACAUCUUGCCAGAAAAGAAAGGAAUAAUUUUAAAACAUGUUGAAUAUCAAGUGUUUAGUAAGCACAAUACAGAUCAUCGGACCCUGUUGAAGACAUUUGACAGCUCUAGAUUUCAUAUUGUUAUUUGUGAUGAAUAAAUGCUUAUAAGCAUUGUGGUAGUAGUUAUAUACUGAGUGCACUGCCGUAAUAUUUAAACUAUAAUGUAGCAGAAACGUAUGAAAUUUUAAGUAAUGGAUAAUGCAUUUUCCCUCUCACUCAUAAUUAUCCUUUUGUGAUGCUCACUCUCAUUUUUAACAUCACUGAGAAAAUGAAUGUGCACUGUACGAUAUGCUAACUCACUUGUUCUCUUCUUUUAGAUUUUUUAAAGCAUGCUUCUGCUGUGUUCUGACUGUCAAUUGUAUUUUGACAGGGCAUUUUUAUUUUGUCUAUAAAUGAAUGAAAAUAACUUAUUAGUUUUAUGCUUUUAUUUUAACAAUCUAUUGCAAACUUGACCUUUCUUUGAAGGUACUUUAAAGUAGAAAUUAAUAUAAAAAGCUAAAUUUUGUUCAUUAUGGUGUAAAAAACAAACAAAAAAAGAAAAACGUUGCCUAUAAAUGCAGGCUAAGUAGUUUGAAACUACUGCCAUUCACUAGAUUCUGACCAUCUUCCUCCUUUGCCUACAUCUAAUGUGGUUAUUCAAUUUUUAAAUUUGUUUGUUUUAUUAUUUAUAUUCUUACAUAAUACACUCUUACAUCAAAUCAAUUUUGUAUUGAGAAAACAGUGCAUAGUGGGAGGAGUGCCAUGAAUAAUGAAAUGUUUAGAUUUUCUUAUGAUCAGUGUUAAAAGUGUUAAAAUUCUUCUGUAUUAGACUACUGUUCUCAGUGAGUCAUUGUUAUUUUCAUUAUUUAAUUUUGAGUGUUGUGCUUGUGCUUUGAAGUAAAUUUGCUUAGCAUGACCAGAAAUGCUUGAUGUGUUUGGCAGAGGUUUAAUUCAUUAGUGAAGAGACGAUAUAAUGACUUUCUGGCUCUGCAUGAAUUAUUGUUGGGGCGUUUUCCAUAUCGACUAAUUCCAAAAUUGCCUCCGAAGAAGAUAGUUGGAGGAGGAUCUCAUUUUAUAGAAGAACGUAGGAAGUCUCUGCGGCGGUGGUUAACAUUGGUAGCACGGCAUCCUGCUCUUGUUAGUGAUCCAAUAUUAAAUUUUUUUUUGACAUACUCUGGACCAGAUGUUCAACAUAAAAUAAGAGAAGUUUUUCGAAGAAUUCCAGAUGAAUUUACCACCUCUGAAUUAGCUGAAAAAGCCAAGGAACUGGUUCCUCCAGAAACUGUCACUGAAUUUGCUAACAGUCGUGAACAGAUACGAAUUAUUUUGAGUGGAGUAUCUCGGCUGAAACAAAUUGUGGAUCUUCUGGCAGAGGGGUCGCACGGCUAUGCCGCGUACAUGGCAGAUCUUGGCUCACAGCUAACAACUCUUGCCUGUGAACCAUAUGGUUCUUCACUAUGGAACACUGGUGGAAACAAAGUUUGGGCAGAAAUGAAGAAAGGCUUCCAUAUCAUAUCAAAAGAGUUUGGCCUCCUAUCCAGCAAAGCUUUGCAGCAAGCAGCACGGGAAGAAGAGGAAGUAUGUGAAAAAUUGAAUCUCCUUCUUGAUAUUUUAGUUGCGUAUCGUGAACUUUGUGACAGACAUGAAAAAGGUGUUCAACAGGAUCAUACAAAAGCUUUAUCAAAGAUGUUAAUGCUGAAGAAAAGACAAAUGCAAGGAGUUGUCAGAAAUACUGAUGCGGAGUCUGUACAACAGUUAGAAAGUAAAAUGAUGGAACAAGAAGCAGUUAUUGCAAAUGUGGAGCUUCGAAAUGCUUUUUCUUUGCAUUGUUUACAUGUGGAGACACAGUUAGUACAUGCAUACUUGGAGAUCCUUGCGUCUGUAUUGAAUACAUUAGUUGCAGUUCAAGCACAAGGACACACUGAGUUGGCUGAUGUCUGGAGACUUAUUCAACCCACAGUUCUGAAAUGUCUUCCUGAAAAAAAAUGAUAAUAUAGGAUGGAACUUGAGCAGCAUGAGAGUACAGAUGUCAACUUUCAUGCAAUUCAGGUUUCAUUUUAUUAGGCAGUUGAUUUCUCUGUUUCUUGAUAUUAUUUUGUCAUCAUAAAUAAUUCUCUUGAAAAUGUUACUUCCAAUGGAAGAAAUUAAUAAUUGUAGUGUAAACUGUUGUUGCAUAGUUAUUGUAGAUAAUUUUUGUAAAUAAUGCAUGUAAGUUUAUUGUAGUUUGUCUUAUAUUGUAGAUUUGUAUAUUAGAUGACAAGUUUUAAACUUGUCAAGGAUUUAUAUAUUUCUGUAGUUAUAAUUUUGUUAUCUUUUUGAAGCUGUAUUUUGCAUGUUAAAGAAAUAGAAAUACAUUUAUACUGGAGUUAGUUUUUGUGUUAAUUUAUUUGUACGUUAUACAAUAUUCAUAUUGGGUUUGCUUUGCUCCACAUAAUGUACUGAAUUCGUAUGUGACAUAAUUAUUUUUAGUGUUCAAUACAGAAGAACAAUGUUAAAUUGCUUCAUAUAAAUUUUUAAUUAACUGAUUUAGUAGCAUAUGUAGUUAUUUACGACACUGUAAUUAAACAUGAUCUCAUAUUUAACUUUUAAAGAGUUAGAAUUGGAAAUUAUAAUUAAGUAUAUUAAAAUUGGAAACAAGGUAAUUUAAUAUUCUCGUAAUUUUCCAAAUUCAACAUUUGAAUAUUAAUAUGUUGGUUUGAUUCACUGCAUUCUUUUGAAUUAGUUAAUAAUUAUUUUCUUU